AUGUUUCUUAUCUAUGACUGCAUCCGGGCCUGGGUGGAAGAUGAAACGAACUACACGCUGUCGGAACAGGGCUAUGCUCAAAUUCUGGCAACUACUACACCGAAGGAACAAUACACUGGCACAUUUAUGCAGUACAGUUUGUGGAUCGCAAGUCGACGCUGCACUGGAUCCGUAUCCAAAUUAGUACAGUCAGAACGCUUUCUGAUGAUGGUACCUCGCCAGAGCCCACUGAUUAGGCCGAAGAAAGAGCAAAGCUAA